AUGACACGCGAGUUCUCUGGCGUUUUACUACCAUCCUUUUCUUCUGACACGCUCGUGUGCUCAUCUAGCGAUUUCUUCAGCAUUUCUCGAAGAGUGUAUAGCCUUAGCCAGACAGAACAGUCAGGGCCCUACCUUCCUCCCAACCGACACGGACUUAACAGACCUCAGUCUCUACGACGAAAACCCCUUAGGUGUCUCUUCCGGCUCCCUCCAUACGCUAUCUCUAAGAUUGAGGCGGCCUUAUACUAUGCAGAGAUUUCCCGUUCCCCUCCCAAGCUGGUCUACCGCACGCCGAAAGAUCCCUUCGUCAUACCUAAGGGGCCAGAAGUGUAUCGUCCCUUGAAGCACCUCUGUCCAGUCUACAACCACAAGCUUUGCGAUAAGCGGGAGGAUGUUGGUUCCAAGGUCUGCUUUUCGACCAUCGACGUUGUCCGUUUCUGCACGGUCCCAAACCAACAAACGCCUGCUACUAUCAGUCCCGUCGUGAUCUGGGUUGGGGUUGUUCCCGAUAGUAUCGCUGGUGAGGAUGCAUUCCACUCAGCCAACACCAUACUCGCACUCCUCAAGGACGAGGGUAUUGCAGACGUCGACAUCGAAUUCCGAGAUUCGGUGUUCAGACGCUCAGUUGGUGCAGAGCUCUACGAACCUGCCUUGGAUCUAGAUGCAACCAGGCAUGUGAUUGAUCCUCUCGCCACUGCGCUUGGACUUCCUAUCGCUGCAGCGAAGACGCCCCACUUGCAGGGCACUAUGGGAUUUUACUUUCAAGAAGGCGAUAACUUUUACGGUGUUACGGCCCGCCACGUUCUCUUCCCAGCAGAUGAGUAUAAUUCCGACUACAACCCCAGCAGGCCUCAUAAAAAAAUACAGAUCGGAAACCUGGGCACUCGGGCAGAGAUCCACGAGGAGUUGAUUAGGAGGUUAGAGGAGUGGGUGGAGGGCGAUACCCCUGCAGCUGAGAAGGCGAAGAAGGAUCUGCAGAAGACUCGGGAGCUGCUGGACGAGACGACAGUCGCGAUCCACGAGCUUCAGGAGCUCUACAAGCAGACGAAUAAGGACUUCGGUAAGCCGAGCCAGCGUGUGAUCGGCUAUGUCGUCUGGUCACCUGCUAUCACUGCUGGUACCGCUCCGCAUGGAUUCACCAAGGACGUUUGCAUCGGCAAACUCGAUAAAGCCAGAUUUCUGCCUAACUUCAAGGGAAACGUUAUUGACUUGGGGACGGAGAUCGAGGCCGCCAAGCUCGCAAACACGAUGUAUUCCCGCACGGACGGGCAGUCCAGCUUCAAGUACCCAGCCGAACGCCUCCUCAAGCUUGGUGCCAUUCUCGCCGAGUAUCACAUGCGCCAUCCCGACACGAAGGACCACGACCGCGAAAACUGCCUCUACUACUUCACCAACCAGACUCACCGAGACUUGAUUGAAUGGAUAAUCCUCCCGUACGACAACGACUCAGGCGCGUUUUUCAAGGGCGGAGACUCCGGGUCGAUGAUCGCUACCGGCACGGGCGAGUUCGGUGGCCUCCUUACUGGUGGGUCUGGCAAGACGGAGUCGUCGGAUACCACUUAUGCGACACAGAUGUUCUGGCUCUGGCCCAUUAUCAAGGCCAGGUUCCCCAAUGCCAAUACUUUUUAA